AUGGAAUUAGGUUUUCCAGUGGGUGUGAGAUUUUAUCCUACUGACCGGGAGCUGGUGGGUCACUACCUCCACAACAGAGCUGUUAUGGGUGACCAGUUCCAGACCAAAUUCGUCUCCGAUUGUCCUGAUUUUUAUGGACAAAACGAGCCUUGGGUUAUUUGGGACUUUUAUGGUGGGAAUAAAUCUAGAAAUGUAGAGGCUCUCUAUUUCUUCACACAUCGCAGCAAGUUGAAUCCCACCGCUGAGUGCUUUGAUCAGAAGGUGGGUUCCGGAACUUGGAGGGAGCAGCACUCGGAAGAUGUUGUUGCCAAGGAUGACAGUGUUAUGGGAAUCAGUCGACAUUUUCUGUAUGAGGGUGGAUGUGAUUCUCAUCAGAAUGGGGCUUGGUUGAUGCAAGAGUACCAGAUCGUGACUACCACUCACAACAAUGAUGCUACUGAUCAAGAACUUGUACUCUGCACCUUGAGGAAGAACCCUGAAAAACUACCACUACCAACAACAGCUACUGCGAAGAAUGGUAAUGAUGUAGAGGAUUAUUGUUCAAGGUCAUCAACCUAG